GAUCCUCCCACUGCGCCGGGCCGCUUAAUUACGAGGCUCGCGCGGAGUCUGAGCUACUUAAACGGCUCCCGGAUGGGAGAGCUCACAGAGAGUUCAGUGAAGUUCCGUUCUGCUGAAGUUUGCCUCAGUGCAGUGUCAGUGUGUUAGUGUGUGAGCUCGCUUGCAGUGUUAGUGUGUCAGUCAUGCAGGUGAACUGGGUGGUGAUGUACCAGAGCGCGGUGCUGCUGCUGCUGCAGGGCUGCCUGAGCGCCGCCGCCGGAGGAUGGAGAGAAUUAAAGAACGACGCUACGGAGCUGAUCCCGGAGUACACCAGCCACACAGCACAUCCAGACCACCAACCUCAGCCAUCUAACAACAACACGAUGAACGAAGCCAAAAACGGGGGCAGGAGGCAGUCAGCUAACAGCCCUGCAUAUGAAGCCUCUGAGCUGACUUGCCGAGAGCUGCGUUCUACCCGCUACAUCACUGAUGGUUCGUGUCGUAGUGCCAAGCCAGUGAACGAGCUUGUGUGUUCAGGCCAGUGCUUGCCUGCUCACCUGAUGCUCAACUCCAUCCUUCGGAGCAAGUGGUGGCGGAGCAGCUCUACUGACUACCGCUGCAUUCCAGCGCACUACCGCAUACAACGUGUACAGCUCCACUGCCCCAACGGCAAUAGUCGGACCUACAAAAUCAGAGUGGUGACCUCCUGCAAGUGCAAGCGCUUUACCCGACACCACAAUCAGUCUGAUGCCAAGGAUCAAACUUCUCAAAGAACACGGCACAACAAGAAGCGUGCACGUCUCCAGCAGACACGGGGCCGAAGCAGAGAGCCUACUAUCAGCAGCAACUCGUACUGAGAAGCAGCCCUCCAUGUAUGUGAGCUCAUACAAUGACUCUGUCUGUCUCUCCCACAAACACACUCACAUACAUACACACAACAUCACAUUUUGUCCAAAUGCCAAUCCACAAGUCCAAGGGAAAGAAGACUUAAUAGAUAUAACAUCUGAAGUAUUUCUCUGCGUAUUAACCAUUUAAUGAGAUCAGAAAGUCUUCGAUGUGUUUCACAAACUUUGCAUGGCCACUUGAGCUUGAAUUAAUCCCAAUAACAGAGAUGUUUGACAACAGAAAAACAGAGGACUGUUGGAUUUUUGCUUUUUGGUUUGUAGUUGUGGGAGAUCAGUGUAGAGAAUUUGAUGGUUUAUACUGUAUAUUGACAGUAUUCCUGUGGAGUGCUGAUGAUCUAAUUUUCUUGAAGUUCAUUAUAAGGGUGAUCAAGAUGAACAUUGACACCAAAGUUAACAAGCAUAACCAUGACCAAAUCCUACAUCAGCGAGGCUGCAAGCUUAUGGCUGAGGUGAAUGUUUGUAUAGCUGAAAUGAAGUCAUCUCUUUCGGGUGUGCUGUAGCUCAUGAUCCAGCUGCCCAGGAGUACUGGGCUCAGAAAACGUGAUGCUGGUGACACAUUGCUGAAAUCUAGCAUUCUUAACCCUGGUCACAUGCAAGGAACUCAUCUGACAGUCUGCGGUGCUGAGUUCUCACAGACUUACCUUUCCAGAAGAGACCUUAUAGGAGCUGUCAGCUGGAGCUGAGCCCACUGUCAGUGACAGAAAGUGGGAACGGUUGUGUCAGCACUCCACGAGCUGAAUCUGUUAGGGCCAAGAGCAGCAAACACUGUUUCUCUGUCCUGUCUUAAUUACUAAAUAGUCCCAUUCCUGUGUUUAGGAUUUGAGUCAUAAAAAGCCAUUUCCUCUAGAUGUGGUCAGUUCCUGUUUGUUUGAAUAACAGAAAAAGGGGGCCCACAUGCAUGUAGGAAUCUACAACAAUUGUGCCUGUUGUUACCUUAGGGGCAGAGCACUUUUCUACACCGCCCCCGUUCUCUGGAAACCAUUUGGAGCUUCUUGGCCAGUUGGAGUAACUAAGUAGUUUUAAUGGUUAUCUAAUUGUAAUAACAGUGAGAUUUAAAUGCAAGGACAUUAAAACAACAAUAAGCAUGUACAACUACAUGUAAUCUCAGUAUACCAUUUAAUUAUAAAGGCUUCAGUUAUAUUAUACAAAGUAUAAGCGUUUACAAAUGUGCUGUGAAAUUAAUAGGAGAUUGACUUGAGUUCUGGGUGAAAAAUGACCUGACAGAAUGACAGUGUCCUCCAGCAAAGCCAUGAGAAGCAGUGUGCUUUUAACAACUGGAGCUGCCCAAAGAAUCAAUUCCUCAAACAUCCUUAGGGGAGCUUUAAGAGACAAACAUGAAAUACGGGACUGAACUCUGGAUGUAAGCACAUGUUGAUAUUACACAGGAUGUACAGUAGGAGAGCUGUGGAAUCCCAAGCCAGACAUUUGCCUGUCACAUCCAAUCCAAGUGUCUCGCCUCCAGUAUAUCUAAUGAAGAAUAUUUCACUCAUGUCCGGACAUUGUUCAACUCCAGAAUUUUUUCCCUUUGACUUCCCAUCUCUGUUUUCUAUACAUAACUAACUGUGUUUGCUUCUUUUUUUUUCAAUUGUAUGUUUGAAAAAGAAACUGGAAGUUUUUUUUAUUGUCAUGUAAGACAAAUUGCCAUGUAUAACCAGAUUGGAUAUAGUGUACUUACCUGGUCUGUUGAUACAAAGCCCUUUAAAUGAGUACUGGAUGGAAGGAUUGCAAUCCUCUCCAAUCCUGAAAGACACUCCUACAAAGAAUGAACUGUAUAUGUAAAUGUAUGUAUUUAUUUUUGAAUUUCAACAUUUAAAUUAUUUAUGCAACCUUUUUUUACAUUUUUUUUAAAUAUAUAAAAUAAUAGCCAUUAUUGUUCUAUAUGAAAUAAUAGUGAAUUUCCUAACAAAAUGAGAACACAAAUAAAGUAAGUCAAAGUA